CUCCUGACAGCUCAGCACCUGCAGCAGCAGACCGGAGAGUGUCUCACGGCUUGUUGCAGCGGAUCGAACCCUAAAAGCCUGUCUCUCUCAGAGCCGGCCCAGACCCACAGUCGUCCCUCGGCGGACCGGCCGUACCACUGCCAGGACUGCGGCAAGUACUUCCGGAUCAACGACAUCAAGCGGCACCAGCGCAUCCACAGCGGAGAGCGGCCCUUCCCCUGCUUCCAGUGCGGCAAGAACUUCCCCACGUCUGGGGACCUGAAGAGACACGAGCGCAUCCACACGGGCGAGCGGCCCUACCACUGCCUGCAGUGCGGCAAGAACUUCUCCGACUCGGGCCACCUCAAGCAGCACGAGAGGAUGCACACGGGCGAGCGGCCCUACCAGUGUCCGCAGUGC